AUGGAUCAUUCCUCCAAUAAAGGGAAUUGUGUCACUACGGAAUUAUCCAAAAGAAUUAGUCAAGCAAGAAAAGCAUCGGAAAUCAGCGACUCAACUAUAUUGUACAAUAAAGAAAAAUAUCGUUCUACAUCUUUACCUAUGAAUGAUCUUUUGACAAGUUCAUUUCUUCAAGCAUUUCGUGCUCAUCAUAUAUCAAUCUAUCCUGAUUUAAAUCAGAUCAUUGAAUUGGCCGUCAGUGAUAUUCAAGAGAAACGUGAAACAAUGGAUAAUAUGGAGAAAUCAUUCAUCAGUUUAAAUCUUCAUGAUUUCAUUGGUCAUAAAACAUGUCGAGCAUUUUAUGAAAAAUCAGAUGGAAUAAUACUUAUCUUUGAUAUAUGGUCAAAUGAUACUUUACGUGAAUUAGAAGAAUAUCAUUAUUCAUCUAUAAAUAAUCAAAAUAGUAUUAUGCAUAAACCUAUAUACAUGGUAUUGGGUAAUAAAAAAGAUUUAAUUCAAACACAAUCAAAUCCAUCAGUUAGUAAAGUAUCAAAUAAACGUAUAACGGAUUUUGUGAAUGCUCUGGAUGGUAUGUUUUUUGAAAUAAGCGCGAAAUCGGGAGAAAAUGUUCAAGAAGCUAUCGAUGCAUUCUUAAGAAAACUUAAAUUAACUAGUGAAAAAACAAAACAAUCGAAAGAAAUCAAAGAAGAUAAGAAAAUGGGCUGUUGUAGUUGUUGUUUCUUGUGA